AUGGCACACGCAACGCCUUCAGAAGCAGAAGUCGUCUCGACCCUCUCCUCCCUCAAAAUAUCCCCCAACUCCAAGCCGAAAGCGAAGCCGAAAUCCAAGCCCGUAGCCGACAGCUGGGACGACGACGUCUCGUCCGGCAGCGACACCGAGACCGAGGCGGCGAACCCCCCCGGCUUAAGUACCACCACCACCACCUCCACAUCCUCCAACUCCAAAGACACCGGCCUGUCCGCCAUAAAUACGUCCACAUCGGUCGAAACCCCGGGUCCACCGCCGCCCACGCCCGCCUCGCCGACGCCAAAACCUUUCGAGUAUCCGGAUAACACGCCCUUCGGGAGCCAGGCGUCGAGUCGCGGGGGCGGGGGCGGGGGCAAUGGUGGUCCGAUGAAGAGGCCUGAGAAGACGACGGCGGUGGCGGGGCGGUUGAUCGCGGGGGCGCUGGGGGUGCGGGCCCCACGGCGGACGGAGGAGGAGAGGGAGUUCGACAAGGCGAUGAGGGAGAAGGAGAGGAAGAGGAGGGAUGAGGAGAGGGGGAGGGAGAAGAGGGAGAGGGAGGUCGCGGAGGAGAGGAAGCGGGCGAUUUGGGAGGACUGA